AUGGCGAAGCUUUCCGUAAAGCUGGGCUACGAAAUCAGUUGCUUCUAUAUGCAAGCGGACAAGACGGUAACCUAUCCAAUUACAGUAGCCACUCAGGACAUUGCCGGUAUAACAGAGCUAGCCGAAAUGCCCAGAUGCCGUUAUGAAGUGAUCGAUCCGGAAACGAAGAAUGCCGUUGACGUUGUCACGGUCGGUAGCAAACUGCUUCAUCGAUGGGUAUGCGACAGUACAUCGCCCGAUUUCUGGUGCAUGACGGUCCACUCAUGCCAUGUUGAGGACGGCUCCGGAACAACGUUCACGAUUUUGGAUGACAGAGGGUAA